AUGUCGUAUUCCGGGAACACCGUGGCUCAAUUGAAGGAAUUGCUCAAGCAAAGAAACCUAUCCACAGACGGCUUGAAAGCCGAUCUAAUAACAAGAUUGCAAGAGGACGACGCCAAGAAUGCUGCGGCAGAACCAAAGCCCACGGAUGCGUCCUCUCAGGCCGAAAACAAGACUGAAUCCGCAACUGCACAGGAAAAUAAAGACGAAACCACGCACCAGUCUGCUGUGCAGACCGGUGCUGAAGCUGGGGCUGAGACUCAGGCCCAGGCCCAGGACCCUGCCCCAGCUCAGGACCCUGCCCCAGCAGAAACUUCUGCCCAGACUCCAACCCCUGCCCCAAAACCACAACUCUCCCCAGAACAGUUGAAACAGACUGCCAUCGACCAUCUACAAAAAAAGAUCCACCGUGCAGAAAAGUUCGGCCAGGACGACUCCAUCGUCGAGGACUUGAAAAGACAAAUCAACAGAAUCGAAAAGUUCGGCCUCGACUUGACCACCCAGCUCGCCCAAGAACUAGGCUUCGGAAAGGGCCCUCGCGCUGCCAUCGGCAAGCCCAACAGAAAGCCAUUCCAAAAGAAGCACAAGAACAAAAAAAAUAUCAAGCGCAAUUGA